CUUGGCGCCGCGAGCGCACCAUGUGAGAAAACGACGUCCUCGCGCGCACCUAGACGAGUGGACGAGCGACCUGGAGCAAAGUGCAAUUCUAUCCGCCGCGAAAGGACACACCGAGGAUCAUGCAUUCCGCAACGCGCGCUUACGCGACCGUGCUGCUGCUGGCGUCGUGCGAGCUGUUGCUGGCGGCAGUGGUGCUGCCGCGACCGCCGGCGUCGUCAUCGCCGUCAUCGUCGUCGUCUAACUUCAUACCUCUCGACGAGGCGAUUGCCGACGCGCUGGACAAGAGUUACCACGGAAAAGCGCUCUACCAGCAGAACACCAACGUGGAGAAACCGGACACCCAGGACUACAGAUUAUUGGAAAUCGACCUGAACGAUGCGGAGAACAUCGAGACGCUUGACCUUCACGAUUUGAUGCAAGCGGUGUUGGCAAACCAGCCGCAUCCACGUCGACUGGAUAUCGACGUGGACGACAGCUCGGAGAGUAACUUAACUCAUCCACACCCGGAAGUAGUUCCGCACUCGAUCCUGGGCGUUAGAGACGUUGGUCUUGGACUCAAUCAGCGACUGUUCGAAUCUCAUAGACAACAUUUUUUACUGGGCCCGUCGCAACCUACGAAGAACAUCGGCGACGAGAAGAUGUACUAUCUGAAAAGCAGUAGACCGAAAGUCUACGUGAAUUUCAGAGGCAGAACUGGCAACUUCCGUCAGGACGUCGGAGAUUCCAAAGUUACCAUGAGGUUCGAACCUGCUUCUUUCCUUCGAGCUACGCAACCUUAUCAGAUGGAGAAAAAGACGAAAGCGCCAAAAUUCCCACCAAAGAAAUACGACAGAUUGAUUCACGGCGACGGCAAUAAAAUUUACGACUCGGCCAGAGCCAGCACGUCGACAACGACCACGGAAAAUACAAUGGUGACGUCGAGCGAGUUACCUAAGCAGAUACCAGCACCGCCUAGUAGAAUACCUUCGAGAUCGCCGAUCGUACAAACAACACCUGUGCAGAGGUUUAGGAGGACCGAUAUAUUGCCUGGUUAUGCCUUUGCCGAAGCUUGAAAAAUUGUAUAAUGUUACCUUCUUUUCUUAAUUUGCGACGGUUUAUUGAUUUUUUAUAAUAUAUAUAUUUAUUUAUGAAUAGUUUAUCGCGUACCUGUAUAUAAAAUUAUCCUUGCGGAGCGACGAAAUUCUUUCGAUAUGUCGGAUUCAAAUACGAACAAGUAUUUUUUUCUUAUUUAAGUUAUAGCGAUUAGAUGAAGAGGUGCUUAAAAAAGCAAAUGUGACGGAACGAUUUCUUUGGUGCUACACUGUAAGUCAUCAAUUUCAAAUUGUCAAUCUUUGACUUAUAAUAAUACAAGAAGGUGAAAAUGUUUAGGCUUCUUUGGAAUUUAGUUCCUUAUUUGUUGCGCCCUUGACAAUGAAGAACAAAAAAGUUUAUUUACUAAGAAGCCUUAACGUCCGUUUCAUUAUUUGCAUGUGUUCGACGGUGAAGUAUACAUAAUAUAAAAAUCUGUUGAAAGUAUAUUUAUAAAUUAUUGUUUUGUUAUGAAAAGUAUUACUACUAUGCCCUAUGCGAAAAGCGAAAAAGUGUAUUUUUUGAAAUUAUACGAUAUUUAUAUUCUUGAUAAUAAGGUAGGUAUAAAAUGAAGAUUCGGCAUUGGCUAAUAAAAGAAAGAAUAAGGUAUAAAACGUGAAGAAGGUAAUCUAUGCUGACGCACAUGGAGAAAAAAUUGUGUCAGUUGUCAGGACCAACCUAAUACCAUAGCUGUGAUCCCCACAUAGAUGUAUUUUUUACACAUGUUGAUAAAAAAAAUAAAUAAAUGCUAACGGUUACUUUUUUCUGCGUGACUACAAAAUAAUGUAGAUGUAAGAGGAUGGUGUGUACAUGAUCCGAUUGUUGCACGACAAAUAAAUGAUGUAAGUUAAUUAUACACCGCAGUGUUAUUUCUUCUAUUCCCGCUGACAA